CUAUAUAUAGCGAAAGGCCAUGCUUAUCAUUUGACGCGUUACGACUCUGAACAAAGCCUGCCAAUCUGUACUACUUAUAUAUCGUUCACGCUUUUCCCAGCUUUAACCUAUCAUUCUUUUAACAAUGCCUCGCCGAAGCUCUGGAGGAAGGUCAGCCCCAAGGCCUGCUGCUCGUGCGCCAUCGAGCAACGUUCCUUCGAAACCCGCUAGUUCUGCCCCUCCUCCAGCACCUGUGCAAAGAGGAAAUGGACUUGGUGCUGCCAUUGUAGAUGGUAUUGGAUGGGGUGCCGGAACUGCUAUGGCUCACAGGGCUGUUGAUGCCGUCCUUGGCCCUCGUGUCAUCAAACACGAGGCUGUUGCUUCAUCAGAACCAGCUGCGGCUGCUUCUGCUCCCGCACCAAACACAAAUAGCAUGAACAUGGAUGCAUGUGGUGUUCAAUCCAAAGCACUGAGUGAUUGUCUGACCAACUUCGGAAGUGAUAUCAGCAAAUGCCAAUUCUAUAUGGAUAUGCUGCAAGAAUGCCGCAAGAGCUCCGGUGCGUUGGGCGCUUAAUGUUGAAAAUCUAAUAUCCCCCAUUAAUUAAGGUCAUUGCAAUUUAGGAGUUUGAGUAGGCGUGUCCUUUUUAGUUUGUCUAUAUUGAUGCAAACAAUGGGUUUGCUGGUGGGAAAAUGGCACUGUUCAGGAAAACUCACUGCUGUAAACUUAACAUCGCAUAUCUAAAUUAAUAAAUAAUAUUUUUUAUUGCGA